CAACUAUUUAACUGUGCCACAUGAAUAUACAUUAAUUUAUAUAAUUAUCAUUUUAAAAAAAUAAAAACAAAUAUACCAACCAAUCUAACGCCCCCCUCUCUCUCUCUCUCCAAGACCCGCUUCCGGCCGUCCAACUCCCUGCAAGCAAUUUUUCGUUGGUGAAUCCCUUGCAAGCACUCACGCCUCCUGCCGCUGAACCGUCAUGAUCGCCCCCAAGCGAUGGCCUCCAAUCCUUCGCCACCGUGUUCUUUCGUGCGCGACUCGUCCGCCGCUAGAGAGGGUAAACCCCAUGGACGGAGGUCGAUUGGGGAGGAAGUUCCUUUUUCAGAUAGAGACCGCAACCACCCGCUACGAAACUUUCCAGAUCUAGCACCGGUCGAUUCUGUUACGGCGAUUUCCGAUAGCAGAGGGCGAACCGACAUCGACAACGACUCAGGAGAGUAGAACGAAAUUGAUGGUGGUGGUCGAGAAAGCGAAACUUAUCUCCUCAACGCCUCCGUCGUUGAUGUACCCUCCUUGGGAAUCUCGGCCGCCACCUCGGACGGAAUUUCUACCUCCAAUAUUCCAUGGCAGCUUCCGCCGCAAACGCCCUCACCGAAUACACCCUUGGCAAAAAUUUCCCCCUCGCUGGUCGCAAUUGAUAUGGUCAUUGGUCACCCCUCUCUCAGCAAAAAUAUUCCCCUUCCGCGAGGUGAAGGAUUAGAGAGGAUGGAAGAAUUGGACGGAGAAGAGGGAGGGAAAGGGAUAGAGUCCAUCGGAAAGCGGGCAGAAAACAAGAGUAGUGGACGGAGAAGGGAAAACAUGGGGAGCUUGACCAACAAGCAGCCGAGAAUCUUCAGUGGACACCAUGGCAACGCUCUGGCGCCGUGCACUCGUACCCACCAGAUCGGCGCUCUUUUCCUCGUAGUCGUCACCUUCUUCCUCACUCGCCUCUUUCACCAGUCGUUCUCUCCCUGCACCGCCACUUCAUUCGGCGGCACCGACCUUAGCUCCGGCAGGAGCCUCGUGCGUAUCUCCGAUGCCGGCUACCUGUUCUGGCCUAACCGUGGCUACGGUUCAGUCCUCUCCCUCAAGAUCUAUGUCUAUGAAGAGACCGAGAUUGAUGGCUUGAAAGAGCUGAUGCGCGGUCGAGAUGGUAAAAUCUCCGCUGACGCUUGCGUUAAAGGCCAAUGGGGCACUCAGGUUAAGAUACACAAAUUGCUGUUGAAAUCAGGGUUUCGGACUAAGAGGAAAGAGGAGGCCGAUUUGUUCUUUGUGCCGACCUAUGUGAAAUGUGUACGGAUGACGGGAGGUCUCAAUGAUAAGGAGAUCAACCAAACUUUUGUUAAAGUCUUAAGCCAAAUGCCUUACUUCAGGAGAUCUGGAGGUCGAGACCACGUUUUCGUCUUCCCAAGUGGGGCAGGAGCUCACUUGUUUCGUUCAUGGGCUACAUUCAUAAAUCGUUCAAUUAUACUUUCUCCUGAGGGCGACCGAACUGAUAAAAAGGAUAUAACUGCUUUCAAUACGUGGAAAGAUAUCAUCAUCCCUGGUAAUGUUGAAGAUGGAAUGACUGUGAGAAGACCUACCACAGUUGAACCUUUACCUUUGUCAAAGAGGAAGUACUUGGCAAAUUAUUUAGGUAGAGCACAAGGGAAAGCUGGUCGCCUUAAGCUCAUUGAGAUGUCAGAAAAAUUUCCAGAUAAAUUGGAAUGUCCAGACCUGAAGUUCAGUGGACCUGAUAAAUUGGGAAGGGCUGACUACUUUGAACAUCUCCGCAAUGCAAAGUUCUGUCUUGCACCACGGGGCGAAUCUUCCUGGACCCUUCGCUUUUAUGAAUCCUUUUUUGUGGAGUGUGUCCCUGUUAUUUUGUCAGACCAAGCAGAGUUCCCAUUCCAAAAUGUGAUCGACUAUUCCCAGAUAUCAAUCAAAUGGCCAUCUAGUCGAAUUGGCCCUGAACUUUUAAACUACCUUGAGUCUAUACCAGAUAGAGACAUACAGAGGAUGAUAGCCAACGGGAGGCAAAUAAGAUGCUUGUGGGUGUAUGGUCCCGAAUCUCAGCCAUGUUCUACAAUGCAAGGAAUAAUGUGGGAACUCCAGAGGAAGGUGAGGCAGUUCCACCAAUCACACGAAACAUUCUGGCUGCACAAUCAAACAAUAGUGAACAGGAAUUUAGUCGAGUUCUCCAAAUGGGAACCUCCCAUGCCUCUCCCAUGAUAACAUGUCCUUGGAAUGGAACAUCAUCAGCUUGCCCUUUUCUCUAGCCGCCAUCUACAUGUUGGUCGAGUCGCUGCGGAAUGGCCUCGUACUGCUCUUCAACAGCCUACCUGAAUUUGCUUGCUCAACAAACUUGCCCUGCUUUCCCAGUACAUCCACACGUAAAGUUUUCGGCAUCUCUACUUCGGUUGGUAUUGGUGGCGAAUUGUUCUUCAGUGCAGAGAAAUUGUUGUAGUAUCAUAGUUUCAUAGGAUGCUAACUUAAUGUUGAUGGCGUAAGCGGAAGAAGUUGUAGGUUACUUUAUCCCAGUCGAUUGUAUUAUUUGUUGAAGUGAUGCAUUUAUUGCGAAGCCUUCCACUAAUAUUUUGACAAUCACAAUUCACAAGUUUAAGUGAUUCAAUUACUAAACAUCUCCUUAUCGAGGAUAAAAAGGGUGGUGAGGCUUAUUGACCCGCCAAGUUAUUUGGGACGAUUCCUUCAUGAUGAUGAGAUGGGUGUGACUUUUGAGCGUCG